AUAGUACUAGUACUAUCCCUUUGGCUUUGUUAUUUAACUUUUAAGUUAAGUUUACAGUUACACUGUUAGAUUGUGUGGUGUAAUGUUAAUAAAUUAUUUUUGUGUAAAUGUCACACUCACUGACCAGUUUGUCUAACUAUUAUAUUUCUAGUCUUUAGAUAAAUUUACAUUGGUCAUCUACAUCUAUCUGUAUCACCCUAAGUAUAUUCAUUUGUAAGACUUGUAAAAAACUUACUGUAACAGUGUUGCUAUCCUUACUAGAUGUUUAAUGUGAAUUUGUACUAUGGUUCUCUUAACAAAUUAGUGGUAUACUGUUACAGGUCUGACUAAAAUAUCACUUAAGUUUAAGUUAUAUAGAUAUUUGGUAGGCAUUAUGGCAAUGCUAGCAUACAAAUGCUUGGUUUCUUUUAUGCAUGCCAUCUUAUAUGUUACAAGUAUUGCCACAUAGGGCCAAAUUAAGAGCCCCUGGGUUAUGUUACUACUACAUAUUUUGUAGUGUAUAAUCCUCACUCCUUAUUUUAAACCUGAUAAUAUGUGAUAUACAUGGCUGGGUCAAACUCAAAGUGUGAAUGUCAUGACCUUUUACAAAGUGUUAAUAUAUUAUUAUGGAUCUGAUGUAAGGUUACCAAUAUUGGUGAUUUUGCAACAGGUUUUGUUAGAGAAAAUUAAACGUACAAUACUUGGGGAUACAGAUAAAUACUUUAGAUAAACAAGUCCUAGUGGUUAUGCUUAUGCAAUUUGUAAAUUGUACAGCUGACAAGAGUAUUUCUGUUAUUCAUACCGACAUCACUCAAACUUGUCCGAGUCAGACUGACUUAGGCAUUUCACAGACAUAUCUUUUUUUACAAAAACUACAGAAACCCAUCCGAUUCAUUGUGUACAAUCAGAUUCUUACUGUAAACUAAAAGCUUGUCACAUUUUACAAUGAUGCACUUUGUAAAUUUGGAAUUAUAGUAAAUAUUACUUUUAUGAGGCUGACCUCGUGUACAUUCAUUCAGUUAAAGUUCUAGAUACAAUGGAUAAAUAUUGACUUGAGUGAGAAAUGGUUCAUUUUGUAUUUAUACUGAGCAUCUGAUGUCUUUGUAAAUACCUACUAUGAGGAUUACAUACGUCAACAGACUGUAUACUUGUUGAGUGGUGUUGAAAGGAAUGCUUCCUGUUCUUAGCAGCUUUUGGUCUUACCUCCAUUGGUACUUAAGACCUUUAGUGAAAUGGUUUCUUCAUCACUUUACAAGGUUAUGUGAGCUGCAACGAGUAUGUUAUGGUGAAGAAAAAGGAGCCCCACGGACUACAGGAGUUGAAUACUCUCUGGAACUGUCUAGAACACCAUGUUUGAAACGAGUUGUUCAACAGCUAUCCAGCCUAGCAGAGAGUGGAAGGUUUACCGAGGAGACCAGUUAUAGUGCUGUAGAGUAUGCUAUCAAGACUGUCACUGAUACGAAGAAUAUUAAUGUAAAAAUUCAUACAAGGUUUGUUCCAUCAUUUCGUUCAUGUCUGCUUCAAAUCUAUGGCUACAAACAGCUGCUACAUGAGGUAGAAAACUUGAGAAAGACUUCAUAUUCUUCAGACAACUGUGAGCAUGAAGAUAAAUUGAUCAAGCUGUGGAAUGUUUUAAUGCCGGACAAGCCUUUGCCAAGUCGUAUCGGAAAGCAUUGGAGUGAUAUUGGAUUCCAAGGAGAUGAUCCAAAGACUGACUUCAGAGGAAUGGGAUUAUUGGGUCUGGAAAACCUCAUGUAA